ACACGGACGCACGGUAACUCGAACGUGGCACGCUUCUAUUGGCCGGGUUUCCAGCAAAAACAAACAGAAGGCGAUACAGAGGAUCCGAACCCAACGAAAACCCUAGCUAGCCCUCGGCGCAGUUCCACACGAGUUCUCGCUCAGCCCACUGACUCGGUGAAUUCGGUCGUCUCUCUCGCCUCCAUUCUCAGUCAUCUGCUGCCUUAUCCACCAACUACAGGUAUUCUUAGAACUUCUCGAAGACUUUUUCUCAAAGCGAAGUCAUCAUCUGCUACCAGUAUGGCGGAUGAUCAAAAUAUAGUUGGGGGAAGUCUUAAGCAACAAAUAGCAAGAUUAUUUGAAGAAUCAUUGAGAGUAACAGUCCCCGAGGAGCUCGAUGUAGCCCCUGCUAUUGCUCCAUGCCAAAAUGCUAACUUUGGUGAUUAUCAAUGCAACAACGCCAUGGGCUUAUGGUCAAAACUUAAAGGAAAGGGUACCCAGUUCCGAGGUCCCCAACCAAUAGGGAAGGCCAUUAUGGACAAUCUCCCUCAAUCAGAAAUGAUAGAGUCUUGCUCAAUUGCUGGACCUGGCUUUGUAAAUGUUGUCUUAUCUCGGAAGUGGAUAGCCAAGAGCAUUCAAAAGAUGCUAGUUGAUGGUAUUGAAAUUUGGGCUCCGAGGCUUCCCGUUAAAAGGGCUGUGGUUGACUUCUCUUCACCCAACAUAGCAAAAGAAAUGCAUGUUGGUCACUUGAGAUCGACUAUCAUUGGAGACACCCUGGCCCGUAUGCUGGAAUUUUCAAAUGUAAAGGUUCUUCGAAGAAACCAUGUUGGAGACUGGGGGACACAGUUUGGUAUGCUAAUUGAAUACCUAUUUGAACUGUUUCCCGACGGAGAAGGUGCCAAUGAACAAGCAAUUGGAGACCUGCAGGCAUUUUAUAAGGCCUCGAAGCAAAAAUUUGACGAGGACCCUGCUUUCAAGGAGAGGGCCCAGAAAGCAGUAGUCAGUCUUCAGGCUGGAGAGGAGAAGUACCGAAAAGCGUGGACUGACAUAUGUGAAAUCAGCCGAAAUGAAUUUGAAAGGGUUUAUCAGCGGCUUGGAAUUCAGUUGGAGGAAAAGGGGGAAAGCUUUUACAAUCCAUAUAUACCUGGGGUACUAGAGUUAUUGAGACAAAAGGGAUUAAUUGAAGAAAGUCAAGGCGCUCAAGUUAUCUUUAUCGAAGGAAAAAAUAUCCCACUUAUUGUGGUGAAGUCGGACGGUGGAUUCAACUAUGCUUCAACUGAUCUUGCUGCAUUGUGGUACCGACUUAAUGAGGAAAAGGCUGAGUGGAUUAUAUACGUAACAGAUGUUGGCCAACGAGAUCAUUUUGAUAUGUUCUUUACUGCUGCCAAACGAGCUGGUUGGCUUCCAUCUGAUGAAAAUCAGUAUCCGAAAGUUAACCAUGUUGGGUUUGGGCUUGUUCUUGGAGAGGACGGAAAGCGAUUCCGAACUCGAAGUACCGAAACUGUCAAACUGGUUGAUUUGCUUGAUGAAGCCAGAAAUAAAUGCAGAGCAGCUCUUGUUGAAAGAGGGAGGGAUUGGACUGAAGAGGAGCUCGAUCAAACUUCCGAAGCAGUUGGAUAUGGGGCUGUUAAAUAUGCUGAUCUGAAGAAUAACAGAACAACCAACUACACCUUUAGUUUUGAGCAGAUGCUCAGUGACAAGGGAAACACUGCUGUGUAUUUGUUGUAUGCACAUGCUCGAAUCGCCUCAAUUAUUCAGAGAUCGGGGAAAGAUAUAGAACAACUGAAAAGGACUGGUACGUUAAACUUGGCUCACACCGACGAACGCACAUUAGGUCUUCAUCUGCUCCAAUUUGCAGAGAUUGUUGAAGAAUCAAUCACCAAUCUCUUGCCAAAUGUGUUGUGUGAAUACUUGUACAAUUUAUCGGAAGACUUCACGAGAUUUUACACAAACUGUCAGGUGGUGGGGUCGGAAGAGGAGACGAGCAGACUCUUGUUGUGCGAGGCAACGGCAAUUGUUAUGAGACAGGCUUUCUAUUUGCUCGGCAUUACACCCGUUUACAAGCUUUGAGCCCUUCUCGUAAAAACCCUUUUGGAAAAUGUUAUCUCUAACUUUACAUGCAUUUUUUUUGAAGUCGCAACUGCUCUUUAACUUCUCCUGCACAUAGGAGAGAUUACCGAUGGGUUAUCGUUUGCUACUACUUGUCCGUGAUUGGUUUUUGAAUUUGUGAAUUGAUUUCUCGUAAGUACAAUUCCGAAAGAAAAAAAAAUUAAAAUGUUUAGUUCGAAUUUACCGUUUGUUUAAGGAUUUAGUGUUUUAUGAAUACAUCGAUUUCUCGAAGAAGUUUUACGAAUUCAUUAUUAUCUACAAUACCAUCAAAGUAAGUGUAUAGCUGUAAUAAUACAUAAAAAGGAUGUUUGAUUUAUGGAAUGUUUAAUUAUUUAU